AUGAACCCACAAUUCUCCUUUGAUAAACCCGUUGUUACCAAAUCUAAAAGAGGGAAAAAAGCCCUUGCCGUAAGCGAUGACUAUGUUGACCUAACUGGUAAAUCUCAUAUUAUGACGGUCAAAAGGUCAAAUCCUCCGACGACAAAUAAGAAAUCUCCAAAGGCUCCAAAAGCCGUAAAAAAAAGCAAUAAUUAUUGCAGACGAUGUGAGCAAAAUGAUGAAAAUAUCGAAGUUCUUAAUGAUCGAAUUGGAAAAUUAGAAAGUUUGGCAAAGAAUGCGCAAAAAAUUGAUAAACCGUUAUCCAAUAUUGGAACAGAGGAUUUGUUUAAUUUAUUUAAUAAAAUUAAUUUCGAGCUAUUUAAUAGAUUUGAGAUGAUGCAUAACCAAUUACAAUUACAAACUCAAUUAGCAACUCCGACAACAUUAACACCAACUAACAUUGAGAUGCAAAAUCAAAUACAAUCCCAAAUGUCAACUCCGACAACUAUAUUGGCUCUCCCGUAUGAACCAGUAGAUUUCGCAAAUUGGAGUACAUUUACCCAAUAA